UCGCCGUGUUCGGUCGGGCAUCUCUGUUUUAUCUCCACAUUGCCCACCUGUCCUGCCGUGGUGCUACAUGACAUGAUAUCUCCUGUUUGCUGCGAUUACUCUGAACCGAUGGAGAACCCUUCCCCACCUUCAGUCCUGGGUAAACGCCCACGGGAAGAGGCUUCAGAGUCAACACCACAGGAGUCAUCCAAGUUAUUCCAAUGUGGUGAUUGUAGAAAGAGUUAUUCACGGGUUGACCACCUCGCGAGGCAUGUCCGCCUGCAUACCAAAGAGAAGCCUUACCUUUGUCAGACUUGCAACAAGAGCUUUGCUAGAGCCGAUCUCCUGAAACGACAUGUAGCUGGCCAUGAAGCUCGUGGAGAACAGUCAGCAAACACCCCAGCACCGAACCGUCAAGGACGCGUUAGUAAAGCAUGUGAAGCCUGUGCUGAGCUACACAUCCGGUGCGACGAACAGAAGCCAUGUACGAGAUGCAACAAGAAGCAGAUGACCUGUGUGUAUCAAUCUUCACCACCGCCUCCAGACAAGGAAGCAGUUGCUCAAGACCUGCUGGCUUUUGCAAGCGCAUCAGUUGUCAUGCCAUCUGACAUGCCUUCAAUGGAGUCCUCAAUGGUGCAGAACGAUAUCAGCCAUGAUGAUGGGGGAAUGUCCGCGACAUUCUUAGAACCUGCUCGGCCUUAUCAACCCGCGUCAGAGCCUAUGAUCAACAUAACCACACCUGGCGAGCAGAUGGUAGAUCCGUCUCUGACCCAACAACCUCCUGGUCAUGUGUCAGUACCUGCUUAUGAGAACGAUGGCAGCUUCCUGCACGACUUCCUACAAAGUAUCAUAGGCGGUGAUCCAUUUCCUCGGCAAGUCGCUCCAGGAGAACAUAUUCCAGGCACGUGGACGCCGCGGAAUGUCUUUGACUUUGGCGCAAACACCGACCUUGAGCUUAACGAUCUUGACCUCAACUUUCUGGAUGGCUACAAUCACGAGAUACCAUUUGCGUCAUUUGUCGAAACUCCAGAGACUGCACGGUCAGUACCUGGCUCUGCCAGCGAGCCGCCUUCGGCCCUCGGAGUCGAGUCAUUACAGAAGUCAUCGACAUGGCGCUUUCGUCCGGUAACACAAGAUCGUGGAAUGAGCGAUCAGCAGAAUAUCGCCCUCCCGAAUGGAGAGACCAGCAAAAGAUUGCCAGUUCAAAGGAGAGUAACAUCCGAGAUGCUGUCAUAUACAAUGCGAGACCGUAUCAUGGCUCUGUUCAUGUCUUCAUCAAACGCGGACACGCUUCAAAAGACGAUGUUAUCAUUUCCAUCGCUCGAGCUUCUCGACAGCUUGCUGCAAUACUUUCUCUCGUCAAAGACUGCCAUCUCAAAUCGAAUGAUCCACCUUCCAACGUUUCGACCGAACAAUGCGAGACCAGAAUUGAUAGCAGCCAUGGUCGUUGGCGGAGCAACUCUCGCUCCUGACGUCAGCUUAAGGAAGAUGGGUUUCGCCUUGAUGGAAGUCGUGCGUGUCGGAGUUCCCAACAACAUUGAAAGAGAUAAUACACUCAUCGGCGAUGUUGAGUGUGUCACCUCGCUCGGCAUUGGCUUAAGCUCGGGUCUUUGGAGCGGGAAUUCUCGUAAGAUGGAGAUUUCGGAAAGUUUCCUUCAACCAUAUCUCACCAUGUGUCGUCGUAGAGGCUGGUUCCGCAGAUCUGCUUACGAAGCUAUAAUUCCAUAUUCGACCGACACCGGCAAGGUUCUAGAGGAUAAAUGGCAUGCUUGGGCCAAACAGGAGAUGCGGAAGAGACUGGUGUUCUACCUCUUCGAGUACGACACUCGUCAGUCAAUCACGCUAUUCACAAAUCCUCUAAUCUCUUAUGCGGAGCUCGGACUGCCGCUUCCAGAGGCCGAAAGCUUGUGGCUAGCAGCGACGGCAGAGAAGUGGAAGCAAACAUACAUGUCUCUGGAUCAGCACAAACAGCGAGAACCGUCGCUAACAGACCUCUUGCAAGAUGUGGAGCUUCUCGGCGAGGGCCAUGAUAUUUUUGACGAAACAACAGCAAGUCAGGCACUGCUCAGUGCAGCUUGGCGCCUGAUCUGGGAAUAUCGACAGAUGUGCUCCAUCAGCAGAGGUCAUGCUAGCUCAUGGAGCAAUUCCAACCUGCUCUUGUCAUCACGUCUGGCAGAACUGACCAAGCUACUCGACUGUGUCAAGAUGAGCUCUCACACAAACGUCGCCAUGACUCUUUCGCUAGAGUUGUUGCGCAUGCAUCUACACAUCUCGCUCGAGGAGAUGCAUCUUUUCGCUGGCGCAGAAGGACAUUCGGAAGCAAGAAGGGUGUUUCCGCUCUUGCAAGAGUGGGCCAAGUCAUCAAGCGCUCGUCAAGGCGUCUAUCAUGCCGCUCAGAUCGUCGCGGCGGCCAGAAAAGUACCCACUGGCUGUUUACGAGACUUCCACGCCAUUGUGCUGUACCAAGCAGGCCUGGCUUUGUGGUCAUACGGCGUAAUCUCUAAUGCUGCUCUGACCGAAUCAGCCCUCGAUUCGAUUGGCAAUAUGUCAGCAAGACGGGGUGAAAGCAUUGCACUGUUGGAUGAAGCAGACAGCAAUGGUGCGCAGAGAUUCAUCAAUCUGAACAAAGGACAAGCUGCCAUCAAAAAGGCCGUCGGAGAUCCAAGUGGCUCGCAUGUCUUGUUGUCUGAUCCAGCAGCUGUAAUGGGUGUGCUUAUAGAUGUGUUCAAGUUGAACGGCAGGCCAUCAAGAUCGGCGCCGCCGCUGGUCGAAAAUUUGUUAGAGCUCAUGGAAGGGCUGCGCAUUGCUGUUCUUGAGCCCGCCAGCACUUCACCUGGAUACAAAAGUUAAUAAUGUCGAUAUGAUGAAUAGAACUUCCACUGUACAGUCAACGUGGCUCUUCC